UAGUUUUACUCAAAUAUACGAUGAAAUGUUAAUAAUCAUUUUUCUGCAAACGAGGUAAUUUGUUUGAUACAAUCCUACGGGUAUGUAUACAAUGGACAACGAUGAUAAAAUUAAUUGUCAACUUGCUGAAACAUAUUUUAGCAGCAGUAGCAGUUCAACAGCCAGUGCUAUGAGUGAAUCAAGCAGUACAGAAGAUAGCGCGAGUUCAUCUAGUGGUGAUGGUGAAGAAGACGACGACUUAUUGUUAUUCCCACUAAUGCUUUACUUGACAAGUGGACAAAGGAGACACCGCAUUCAAAAUUAUCUUCAGAUUAUUGAUUCUUGGACUAAUAAGGAAUAUAAACAACAUUUACGACUAAAUCGGUGUACUGCAUCAAAAUUAAUUGAUGAAUUGGAGUUAUCCAAUUUUAUACCUUCACAUUCUUUUGGAGUCAAACCUAUUUCUGCAAAGUUAAGUUUUCUACUAUUUUUUAUAGUAUAUCGCAAAUACAGAACCAUUGCGAACCAUGUCAGACAGAUUUGAUGUAUCCAUUUCUUCUGUAUUUCGAGUUCUACGGCGAGUAGUAACUUGGCUUUUAACAAAAUUUGAUUCAGUGAUCAAAUGGCCACAGGGCCUUGAAGCUGUAGUUGCAAAUGAACAAUUUUUGAAGAAAGGUAUUCCGAAAGUCUUAGGAGCGAUAGAUGGAACACAUAUCCGAAUAGAAAAGCCUCUAGACCGUGCACGAGAGUAUUGCAAUCGAAAAAAAUAUUUCUCAAUCUCUUUGCAAGCAGUUGCAGAUGCAGAUAUGCGGUUUAUCAAUGUGUAUUGUGGUGACCCCGGUUCCCUUCAUGAUGCUCAAAUUCUCAGAAGAUCUGAGCUAUAUCAUGAAGCAUCUAUGAAUCAAGAAAUAUUAUUCCCCGAUAAGAUGUUUUUGUUAGGCGAUUCGGCAUAUCCGUCAUUACCUUGGCUUGUUCCACCAUUUCGAGACAAUGGACAUUUAACGCCUCAACAAGUAGAGUUCAACUAUAUUCAUUCUUCAACGCGAAUGGCAAUUGAUCGAGCAUUCGGUCAACUGAAAGGAUGAUUUCGCCGUAUUAAGUUUUUCACUGAAUAUCGCGAUUUACCUUUUGUCGUUAACACUGUAGUUGCAGCAUGUAUAUUACACAAUUACUGUAUUGAGAAAAAUGAUACAUACGAUUUUCCAGAAGUUUUAAAUGAUUGUACCAGUGGAAUUACUAAUGAUAUUGAACAAGAAGA